AAAUCCAUGCUUUCUCCUCCGUCGCAAUUUCCCCUUCCAAUCCUCCUUUAAAAAGUCGUCCUCUUCGAUCCUCGCUCCUCGAUCUUCAGCCGCGACCCACCUCCGGCCAGAUGGAUCCGACCCACGCCACCCACUCUCAGUCGCACGGCCACGCCCACCACAAGCCCGACAACAGCGAGCUCAUGGCCAGCGCCAAGGUCGUGGCGGAGGCCGCCAGGCACACCUUCAGCCACGAGACCAACAAGAUCGACCGGGCCAGGGUCGCCGGAGCCGCCUCCGACAUCCUCGACGCCGCCUGCCACUACGGCAAGCUCGAGGAGAAGAGCUACGGCAAGUACGUGGAGAAGGCCGAGGGAUACCUCCACCAGUACGGCUCCUCCAACUCCUCAUCCGCCGCCGCCGCCCGCCGGCCACCACGCCCCGCACGCGGAAGCCCCUGCCGCCUCCGCCGGCCACCACGCCCCGCACGGGGAAGCACCUGCCGCCGAGGCGCCGCACCACCACUCGUCGGGCCAUUCCGGGGGCGAGGAGCAGUCCGGGAGCGGCGGGGGGUACGGGGAUUACAUGAAGAUGGCCCAGGGGUUCCUCGGCUCCGGCGGCCAGGAGCAUUCCGGGAGCGGCGGGGGUUACGGGGACUACAUGAAAAUGGCUCAGGGCUUUCUCAAGAAGUAGCGUGAUCGUUAGAUAAAAUAAAACCCUCAUAAGUUAGUCGGCCAUGUGUUUGGGCUGUAUCUCUGUCUCCCUCCCUCUCUCUGUUUUCUCUCUGUUUAUGUCGUUCGUGCUUGUCUUGACUUGUGAAUCGUGAUUGUAAUCGGCCGGAUCGUAUGUUUUUAACUGAUGUGUUCUGAUCGUUCGAAAGA